GUCACCGGCGCCGGGCGGAGUCGGGAUGGGCGGCUGGUUACCGGCGCUGGUGCUGGUGCCGGGGUUGGUGCUGGUGAUGGGGCCGCUGCCCUGCCUACAGCUGCGGCCCGGCCGAAGUCUCGGCCGCUCCCACGAUCUCGGUACCAACGUCUCCGACGUCCUCAACAACCUGAUGAGCGAGGACAAGUACGACAGGAGAAUCCGACCCGGCUUUGGCGGUGCACCCACUGUCAUUCGCGUCAACAUGGUCAUCAAAUCGCUGGGACCGAUAUCAGAAAAGGACGAGGAAUUUAUCUUGGAUUGCUACUUCCGUCAGAUCUGGUUCGACAAGCGUCUUCAGUUCAACAGCACAGACGUCGAUAUACUGUCGAUGAAUUGGUUGUUUCUUGAAAAGGUCUGGAAGCCGGAUACGUUCUUUCUCAACGGAAAGAAAUCGUAUCUGCAUAAAAUCACGGUGCCUAAUAAAUUUCUUCGCAUCAAAAAGAACGGUCAGCUGACAUAUUCAAUGAGGCUCACCAUCAAGGGGUCAUGCCCUAUGCAUCUUAAGAAGUUUCCGUUGGACAGCCAGUUAUGCCCUCUGGAGAUUGGAUCAUACGGCUACACCACGGGUGACGUCAUCUACCGCUGGGAUCACGGCGUGCCAGUGUCUAUCAAAGGUGACGUCAGUCUGGCACAGUACCUCAUCAGAAACAUCACACCGUUCGAGAGCACCGAGACCACGCGCAGGGGAGAGGAGAAAUCCACGCUGGUGGUGCACUUCCAUCUGGAGCGUCUGACCGGCUACUUCCUGCUUCAAGUGUACAUUCCGUGUGUUCUGAUCGUCAGCUGCUCCUGGGUCAGCUUCUGGAUUACCAAGCGGGACGUGCCCGGUAGAGUCAGUCUAGGCAUCACCACUGUUCUGACGAUGACCACACUGGGUUUCGGAAGCCGCAGUAGCUGGCCCCGCGUCAGCUACGCCACCGCUCUGGAUUGGUGGGUCAUCAUGUGUUUUGCAUUCGUCUUCGCAUCUAUGGUGGAAUUCGCCACCAUCAAUUUUAUAGAGAAACGACUGAAAGAUAAAAAGACGAACCUAGAAGAGCUCAAAAGACUCUACACCGAAAGGCAUAAGAGGAUGGUCGGUAUGCUGGGCCGGGACGGCUCGGUGGCCGUACAGUCGGCUCCCUCCACCCCAGCCACCCAGGAGGACGAGGAUAUGGCGGCUGCCCAGAUGGAGUUCUCAGAGUUCGCCGGCACCGCGCCGCAGCCACAACAGGAGCCGCCCGGCGCCGGGUCACUCAUGCCGACGCUGUUUGGGAAGAAGAAAUCCAAGUCGAGUUUCGAGUACGUGAUGAACAAGCUGGAGCGGCUGACGGAGAAGGAUCUGCAGGAUCGUUUCUCAGUGGUGGAUAUCUACGCGCGGAUGGUGUUCCCUUUACUGUUUGGGGCGCUGAAUGCGGUCUAUUGGGUGCUCUACCUGUACUACAUCACUGAUGAACUGGAGACGGAUACUUUCCGCCUCAAGGCACCAGCGGACGCCGCUGCCUACCAGCCCGCCUCCUGAGAGAGUCGAACUGUCUCCUGAGCGUGCCCCGUCUCCUAGUAUCCUGGAAGCGUAUUGUAUCUGAGAACGUCUGAAGUCCUGACUGAGGGCGCCUGACAUCCAUGACAACCUCCAGGCCUAUGAGACACCUGGUUUCCUAAAAGCAUUUGACUAAACUAGCAGGCCUCAUAGUGAUUCUGGACCUUCGGGAUAGCUUGCUAGAUUCACGACUCACGCACACAGCUAGUCUCUGGAGUUACGUGCAUACCGGUCGGAUUACUGAGACUACGCUUAACAUGGGAAAAUGGGAUGGCACUGCUGGCUAACUGCUUUCACCAUUUGUAGGUUUAGGCCAGUAUACUAGACAUAGUCGUACGAGGGACGUCCAAGCUCAACUAUUUUUACUGAAUUGUGUAUCCCUGUAGGUUUUAGUAGGCGUGGCACACAGUGACUUGGAUAGAUCUGAACAGGUCUAGCUCUGCUGUGAAUACGGCCGGCCAUCGGACCCGAUUGGUACACGUAUGACGAAACUGAUAGCGACAGUGUGUUGGGCGGCUUUCACUGUGGAAACCGUCGUCGGCUGUGGAAUAAAUCGGACGCUAGUCACUUACAUUUAUUCUAAGCGGUGACCCAACCGAGUGGGAGCCACGGGAACGCUGACACAAUCAAUGUGUGUGAGUGUGAUGAGAUGUGUCGUGGGCGGUGGUUGCGUUGGUAGGUGUGAGGAUGUGGAUGUGACCACAACCUCGGUGGAUGUGAGGUUGUGAUAGGGAAGUUUAAUAUCCACCAGUACAAUGCUCACUGAAUAGCUCUGCCGCUGUCAACAGCAUAUGUCGCUGAUCUAAAAAUGUUCUCUUUUGCGCGACCGUUUAUUCGUGGCGACUGGCGAUGGCUGUUUUGUUGUGCUGUGUAUGACGAUGUCUGUUCUGAUUGUCGUCCGCUUUUUUCACUGGACCUGAAAGAGCCAACACGAUUCCAUUUGUCGGCUUUCGAUGUUUGGUCUGUCCUUUGAAUCUGCGUAUCAAAGCCUUUUCAUCUGGCGUGUGCCGAAAACUAAUCCAUUUCUGUAAUGGAAGUGUCCAAUGUUUCGAAAGGCGCUGACAUUUUAUUUCGAAGUUAUGUCCUUGUUUUUAGCUGCUAUCUAGUGAUUCGACAACAUUGUAGGUCGACCACAGAAGUUUGUUCAUUUUCAUUAUUAAAAGGGCUGAUCCGCAAUCGUUCAUGCUCAUUAUUGAGAUUAUGUAACUGCCUCUACAUUUAGCAACUAUACCUACAUAUCUAAAAUAAUUUUCCCCUCUUCAAUCUAACGCGUAGGUAUAGGUAUAGUGCAUUUCGAAUUGCCUCUCUCGAUGCUUCUUUGGCAUUGCCAAUCUAGACCAUGAGAGUGCUAAGCUUACCACUAUAUCUAAACGUUUUAGUACCUAUUUAUGCCUCUAAUGAAUCAAGAGUUCAUUGUACACUUAGCAGGAGUGUAUUUAUUCAACUGUUGUGUAAUUAUGCAUAUAUCUAAGCCGUGUAUGAGAGCUGUUUAAUUGAUGGUUAAUGCUCACGCUCAUAAAUGCGGCAAAUAAAUUACACAAGUU